ACAGUCCAAAUUACUUGCUGUACUGCAGUGUCCAGGGCAAAUAUCAAAUUUCCAAUAGUAAGCUACAAGAUCCAGCAGGUAGCUAAUCGCUGCGUUUAUGCCGUCAUAUUCCGCACAGAGGCCAAUGGAUCCUUCUGUGCUGACCCCAAAGCCACAUGGGUGCAGAAAAAAGUAAAGGAGCUGAGUGGAGGGACUGUCCAACUACCGAAGAGUGGUAAGGGUAACAAAGGAGGUAAAGGAGGAAAACGUGGAAAGAAGUCGAACAAAAAGAACAAAAAGAAAAUAAAAAAUAAGAACCCAAAGCUGCCUGUGACGUCCCCCUGGUUUCCAUCCACAGCUGCAGCCACUGUUCAAACAAUCUCUUAA